UGACUAAAUAUAUUGUUUGUAAUAAUCGCAACAUAAUUUUAGAAAAAAAAUACCAACAACGAUUUAAAGACAUUUUGUUCAUUGUAUCUAACAAUCGGCUUAGUUAUGGCAGAUUCAUAUUCAUAUGUAAAGGGUGGAAAAUUGAAACUGAAAGGCAGCAAACACAAGAAACAUAAGAAAAGCAGCAAAAGAAAGCAUGAAGAUGAUGAGGGAAAAGCUGGAGCUAGCAGUAUUGACAGAACAGAUGUGGAUCUACAUGGUGGCUGGUGGACGGUCUCCAAGUUUGGUCAGGUGACUGGAAAUGUGUGUAUUGAGCUGGCAGACAGACGCUACAUGUUUGCCAAGGACAAUGGACGUUUUGUGCUCGGUCCCCAGAGAGAAGCUGGCCCAGAACCAGAGGAGAUCCUGACAGCGGUGAAGAUUGACGAAACCAAAGUGGCGUUCAAGUCCGGUUAUGACCAGUACAUAAGCGUUGACUCUGGCAACACAGUUGUUGGGCGAUCCGUGGCCAUCGGGACCAAGGAGCAGUGGGAACCUGUUUUCCAGGAAGGUGAGAUGGCACUCAAUGGCUGUAAUGGGUGUUUCCUCUCUGCAGAUGAAGAUGAUGACAUUGUGUGCAUCAAUAAAACUGUGGGCGACAGGGAAAAGAUACAUAUCCGAUGUAACCUGUCCCUAGAGGUGGAUCCAAAGGCAGCUAUCCCAGUAGAGGAAAGGGGGUCUUUGAAGGAAGCAGAAAUCAACUAUGUGAAGAAGUUUCAGAGUUUCCAGGACCGUCACCUGAAGAUAUCCAGCGAGGACCGGACACAACUGAAAAAGGCACGUGUGGAGGGAACACUGCAUGAGACAUUGUUAGACAGGCGUUCUAAAAUGAAAGCUGACAGGUACUGUAAAUAGUAUUGAAUAAUUCCAAGAUGUCAAAACUGUGGUACUACACUUCAUGUCUUGCCUUUGCAACCAGACAGCACGUAUUUCACAGACCGCCGGUAGAAUUAAAGAAUGCUGUUUGAGCGACCCUUGUGGGGAGAGAUUCCUGUGAACAUGUUGAUCACAUGUGAUAUAUAAUUUGACAGAAGCUGACAUAAUUCUUAGGUUCUAUAUCGUGGAAUUAUUGACUAUCAGGUUGAUUGAAAUUGUAUCGAUAAUUCGAUUUUUUAACACAUAAAAGAAAUUAUGAAUGAAUUUCUACUCUAUCCGCUAAUGUUCCGUAUUGCUUUUCUACCGUGAAUAUAACAGCCAAAUUGCACUGUUAUAAGGUCAAUACAUAGAAAAGCCACAUAACAUUCUGAUAAGGUCAGUGAUUAUAACAGCCAAAUUGCACUCUUAUAAGGUCUCUGAAUAGAACAGCCACAUAACAUUUUUAUAAGGUCAGUGAAUAGAACAGCCACAUGCCAUUCUCAUAAGGUCAGUGAAUAGAACAGACACAUUGCAACCUCAUAAGGUCAGUGCAUAGAACAGCCGCAUAACACUCUCAUAAGGUCAGUGAAUAGAACGGCCACAUAACAUUCUCAUAAGGUCAGUGAAUAGAACAACCACAUGACAUUCUUAUAAGGUCUUUGAAAUGUGCUUUUUAUGUUUGAUUUUCGUUUUGUAUAUGUAUCUGUGGAUAAGGACAAACAAACAUGUCUUGACAAAAUGGAACAGUUUCCAAUGCAUACUCCUGAUUCAUGUAUGUCCAGUUUUGUAUUUACUGACUCUACUUAAAAGAAAAUAUCUUUGUUUAAAAUUGAUAGAUGUGUGUGUUUAUUAACAACUGUAUUGACAGAGUAUUUAUACAGAAAAUAACAUGAACAUAAUGUUUUCAAAGCGGUAUUUUUUUAUCUUCAGCAUCUCCGUCACCGACUGUGAAAAUAAGAUAUUUUAUGUAUAAAUACCAUAAACUUUAAUGUCAUACAUCAUUGGCAUUGUCUUUCCUGUCUUCGCUGUACAUUAAAAGUGUGUCAUUUAUGUUAUAUAGUUAGCAAAAAUUGUCUGCUUAGAGAAUUAUCCACGUUUUGAAGAUAAAUUGAGCACUGAACAUUCACAGUCACUUGAGUUUAGAUAAAGUCAUGUGGGUUUUAACAAUGCUUUAUGUGUUUGUCCGAGCUUGUCCGGUCUUCAACUCCAUAAUUAAUCAUUCUAUCUAUUUUACAAUAACUAACCACAAAUGUUUACUAUGAAUGUAGGGCUUGUUGCGUGUAACAACUGUAUGAACAUUAAUACUGCUGGUCUAUUCACACUGGAUUUUUUUUAGAUACAAUUUGGGGCUGACAUUUAGGUCACGUAUCCAAUCUUAAAAGGUAUUCAAUUUUCCAAAACGACUUGCUAUAAGCCGCAAUUGCAAGGUGUAUUUUAAUCCAAAAUAUCUGCUUAUCUUCAUAUUGAGUUCUUUGAGUUGAUAAUUUUAUUGAAAGUGACCAAAAAUUGCUUUUACUCUGUACGAUUUCAAACACAACCAUAAACAUAAACAUGACGUAAUAUCGGUCACUUGAACGGUCAAUGCAAACAUUUUGGGGGUUUAACCGGUUCAAAGGUAAAGUCUUUCCAAAUAUGAGCAAGCGUGUUUAUUACUCUGAAUAUUAGGUUUGAUGGUUAACAUGAAACUGUUUUGUUAAGUGCCAUGAUGUAAAUAAUCAUUUUAUUGCUAGCACAUUUUCGCACUGAUUUAGUGUAUGACAACCUUUACAAUCACAAACAAUUUAGUAUGGAUGAAGCAUAUCUUUGGCGAACUGUGUACCUUUCACGCAAUACAAGUUACACUUAACAUGCUUUGUUAAACCAUUUAAAUCUCUUCAAUGACAUGAUGCUUUUUAGCUCACCUGUCUAGAAGUGACAUGGUGAGCUUAUGUGACCGUGUGAUGUCCGGCGUCCGUAUGUGUGUGCGUGUGUCCGUCAAAAAUUUGUUUGUGUAGACAGUAGAGGUCACAGUUUUCAUCCAAUCUUUAUGAAAUUUGGUCAGAAUGUUUAUCUUGAUUAAAUCUGGGUUGGGAUUGUAUUUGGGUCAUCUGGGGUCAAAAACUAGGUCACAUAAUAGGUCAAAUAAUAGAAAAACCUUGUGUAGACAAUAGAGGUCGCAGUUUUCAUCCAAUCUUUAUGGAAUUUGGUCAGAAUGUUUAUCUUAAUGAAAUCUGGGUUGGGAAUGUAUUUGGGUCAUCUGGGGUCAAAAACUAGGUCACUAGGUCAAAAACUAGGUCAAAUAAUAGAAAAACCUUGUGUAGACAGUAGAGGUCACAGUUUUCAUCAAAUCUUUAUGAAAUUUGGUCAGAAUGUUUAUCUUGAUGAAAUCUGGAUUGGGAUUGAAUUUGGGUCAUCUGGGGUCAAAAACUAGGUCACUAGGUCAAAAAUUAGGUCAAAUAGUAGACAAACCUUGUGUAGACAGUAGAGGUCACAGUUUUCAUCCAAUCCUUAUGAAAUUUGGUCAGAAUGUUUAUUCUGAUAAAAUCUGGGUUGGGAUUGUAUUUGGGUCAUCUGGGGUCAAAAACUAGGUCACUAGGUCAAACACUAGGUCAAAUAAUAGAAAAACCUUGUGUAGACAAUAGAGGUCGCAGUUUUCAUCCAAUCUUUAUGAAAUUUGGUCAGAAUGUUUAUCUUGAUGAAAUCUGGGUUGGGAUUGUAUUUGGGUCAUCUGAGGUCAAAAACUAGGUCACUUGGUCAAAUAAUAGAAAAACCGUCAACAAUUUGUUUGUGUAUACAGUAAAGGUCACAGUUUUCAUCCAAUCUUUAUGAAAUUUGGUCAGAAUGUUCAUCUUAAUGAAAUCUGGGUUGGGAUUGUAUAUAUUUUGGUCAUCUGGGGUCAAAAACUAGGUCACUGGGUCAAAAACUAGGUCACUAGGUCAAAUAAUAGAAAAAUCUUGUAUAGACAAUGGAGGUCACAUUUUUCAUCCAAUCUUUUUGAAAUUUGGUCAGAAUGUUUAUCUUGAUGAAAUCUGGGUUGGGAUUGUAUUUGGGUCACCUGGGGUCAAAAACUAGGUCACUAGGUCAAAUAAUAGAAAAAUCUUGUGUAGACAAUAGAGGUCACAGUUUUCAUCCAAUCUUUAUAAAAUUUUAUCAGAAUGUUUAUCUUGAUGAAAUCUGGGUUGGGAUUGUAUUUGGGUCACCUGGGGUCAGAAACAAGGUCACUAGGUCACAUAAUAGAAAAACCUUGUGUAGACAAUAGAGGUCACAGUUUUCAUCUAAUCUUUAUGAAAUUUUGUCAGAAUGUUUAUCUUGAUGAAAUCUGGAUUGGGAUUGUAUUUGGUUAGUCAGGUGAGCGAUUCAGGGCCAUCAUGGCCCUCUUGUUUUAUUUUGUCUGUCAUUUCUAACGGAAUGUUAUUUAGAUGAAAAUUUCAAGGCUGUUUAACAGGCACUUUAUUGUACUAGUAUUACCCUUUAUUGCUGUAAAGACAUUAUAACAUGAAAGACCUGUUGGUAAGAGGAUAGAAGAAUUAUAAAAAACAUUCCAUAUGAAAGAGAUGUUUAAUGACGUGGACAGAGGAAACAGGACAGCAGUUGACACAUUUUAUUUCAGCAGUUAUUUCUUGUUUGUCUUUUUCCAAUAACAAAUUAACAUCAAAAAUGAAAACAUAUUCAAAUUCCAAUAGUUACACACGUUGUAAUAAUUGUUCUAUAACUGGAAAAAAUAUGAUAUUGUGGUGAGAACUCACUUUGCUGGAAAGGUAACCAAAUCAAAACAAUAUCUCAUAUGCAAUAUUACAUAUAUGCAAUUUUACCUACUUAGCAUUAAAGUAACAUUACUAUUCAAAAUCAACGAAAAUUUCGUACAAGUGUUCGUAAAAUAAAUUUAACCAAUUAAAAAUCAGUGUUCCUUAUGGCAAUUGCCGAAAUUUCAACGUCAGAUGUUGUCUGGUAAAAUAGAUGUUUGUAGAUACAAAAUGCUCGUUUUUAACCAGGUUUUCCGAAGGAAAAAACUGGUUAUUAGAUUGGCGAAUGCGGGCGGGCUGGCUGGCGGGCGGGCGGAACAAGCUUGUCCGGGCCAUAACUUUGUCGUUCAUUGUGAGAUUUUAAAAUCAUUUGGCACAUUUGUUCACCAUCAUGGGACGGUGUGUCGCACGAAAGAAUCACGUCAAUAUCUCUAAUGUCAAGGUCGCCACGACUAAAAAUAGAUUUUUUAAAAAACAAACUUACAAAGGGGGUUAAUUUUGUUUGUACAUUUCAAAAGUUCAGUUUGAGUUGUCUCCCUUUAUCAGAUUUUUUUUCACAAUGAAAACCUGGUUUUGUGACAAUUUUGUCCCUUGUUAUUAUUGUUUUGCAUAUCUAUUCAUACGACACCUGAGCACUUAAAUGGUGUUCCUGUGUCGUAUGAAUAGAUAUAUUCGCGGGAAUUAAUUGUGGCCACAAAUAAAUAAAAACGAGCAUUUUGUAUCUACAAAAAUCUAUGUAAUCAUACCACAUCUAGCGUUGAAAUUUUGGCUAUUGCUCUACGGAACACUGAUUGUUAAGGCGUUAACUUUAUUUUACGAAAUACUUAUCGAAAUGUUCGUUGAUUUUGAGCGUUAUAGAGACUUUAAUUAUAACAGCUAAAUACUAACAAACGCUGCAUUUUUCAUAUAUAUAUAAGUUAGAGGACAAUAAUUUUGUAUUGAUAAUAUUGUAGGUAUGCACAAUGUAAAUUAACUGUAUAUUUUAUUUGCCAAAAACUAAUUAUUCUCAAAACAACCUUUAAUAGCAUAAACAAGUAUUUAUAAAAGGGUUACAUUAUCAGUAAUGAUGAAAUAUUUUCAAUUAUCAAUUUUUAUUUAGCUUUGAAGAAAUGUAUGUGUCAAUCCACAGAAAUUGCUUUACAUAAGCCUAAAAUUGUCAAAUUGGAAAUUUGUCAUUUAAUAUUUUGAAGUAUAGUAAAAUGUUAUUUUUACUAAACAAACAGUAAUACAGUUAUGUAAAAUGUCUUACCUGAAGAGGAAUAAGAACAGUGUCUGUCACAAUUUAUGAAAACAGAUAUUUCUUUUGCUGCUUUGUGAUUUUGCAUGUCCUGAUAAACUAAGUUUCCUGUCAGGUGUAAAAAUGACAAUAAGACAUGAGAAGUCUAACAGAGUGCAGGAUCACAGAUAAAAGGUCCACAUAACAUUGUCAUAAGGUCUGUGAAUAGAACAACCACGAGACAUUCUCAUAAAGUCUUUGAAAAGCGCUUUUUUAUGUUUGAUUUUCGCGUUGUAUAAUUAUGUAUUUGUGGAUAAAGUAAUAUCAUUAGUUCAGUUAAUAAAAAAAGGACUUGCAAACGUGCUUUGACAAAUAGAAACAGUGUCCAAUGUCCUGACUCAUGUAUGUCAAGUUUUGUAUUUAUGGAUUCUAUUUAAAAGAUGGAUCUUUGUUUAAAAUCGAAAGAUGUGUGUGUUUACAACUGUACAUUUUUAUUGACAGAGUAUUUAUACAGAAAAUAACAUGAACAUAAUGUUUUCAAAUCGUUUUUUUUAUCUUCAGCAUAUCUGUUCGAGACUGUAAAAAUAAGAUAUUUUAUGUAUAAAUACAAUAACCUUUCAUGUCA